AGCUGGUACUUAAUUACAAGUAGAAAUCUGCGCGAUCGAUCCUCCAGUUUUUGCCGCGAAUAGAGGGCGCGUCCCGUAACGUAACUUAAUUUCCGCGUAGCAGCAGAGUCCCCCUCUCUCAUCUCAUACUCAUAUCGUGUGUUGCUUGCGUUGUGUUUUUCUCAUUCGGCGACGUGUGUGCGAGAGCGAGCAGUUUUUAACGCCGUAGCAGCACACAUCGGGCCAUUCGAAAAUGGCUGCUGUAUUGGACGAGGUUGGCAAAUCGGCGGAGAAGCUCGUCGACGAGGAGAAGGACGAGAUUGUCGACGACGGUGAGGAGGCCGGUGUCGAGGCUUCCAAGAAGAAGAAGAAAAAGAAGAAGAAGAAGAAGGCCGGUGCUGGAGAGGCAAGCGCCGAUGUUCCCGAAGGCGAAGAGAAUAAGCCCAAGGAUGGUGCAGCUGCUGAAGCAGACGUGAAGGAGAAUGGUGACGAAGUAGCUGCUGAAAAUGGUGGCGAGGAAGAGAAAAAGAAGAAGAAGAAGCGCAAAAAUAAGGGAAAAGGCGCAAAUAAAGAUCCGAUAGCGUUCCCUGUUGUAUCUCUCUAUCCUGAUGGCAAUUUCCCGAUUGGGGAAAUCAUGGAUUAUCCACCUGCUGCAGGGAUUGAUGAGAGAAAGGCCAAGGAAAGGUUCAGCAGUGAGGAGGCCAGAGCUCUGGAUCGAAUGCACAAUGAUAUUUACAACGAGGCACGAUUAGCUGCUGAAGCCCACAGGCGUACACGAAAGCAUAUUCAGAGCUGGGUCAAACCAGGAAUGACAAUGAUUGAAAUCUGUAAUGAAUUGGAGGAAACAGCCAGGAGACUCAUUGGAGAAAACGGACUGAAAGCUGGUUUGGCUUUCCCAACUGGUUGCUCGAGGAAUCACUGCGCGGCUCAUUAUACGCCAAAUGCUGGAGACACAACGGUCCUCGAGUACGACGACGUGUGCAAGAUCGAUUUCGGCACACACAUCAAUGGUCGUAUUAUUGACUGCGCAUUUACUCUAGCAUUUAACACAAAAUACGAUAAACUCAUCGAGGCCGUCCGCGAUGCCACAAACACUGGUAUCAAGGCGGCGGGUAUCGACGUCCAACUUUGUGAUGUCGGAGCAGCUAUUCAGGAAGUCAUGGAAUCUUAUGAGGUGGAGAUCGAUGGAAAGACUUACCCGGUGAAAUCCAUCAGGAAUCUGAAUGGUCACUCCAUUGCGCCUUAUAGAAUUCAUGCUGGAAAAACUGUGCCAAUAGUGAAGGGUGGAGAAGCUACCAGGAUGGAAGAGAAUGAAUUUUAUGCAAUUGAGACUUUCGGAUCGACCGGACGAGGUGUCGUUCACGAUGAUUAUGACUGUUCUCAUUAUAUGAAGACAUUUGAUGCUGGUUAUGUUCCACUGAGGCUGCAAAGCAGCAAGUCUCUUCUCAAUACAAUCAACAAACACUUCAGUACCCUUGCGUUCUGCAAACGUUGGUUGGAUCGUGUUGGUUGCACCAAGUAUCAGAUGGCUCUGAAAGAUCUAUGUGAUAAGGGUGCUGUGGAAGCUUAUCCCCCACUGGUCGACGUAAAAGGAUCUUACACUGCUCAGUUUGAGCACACGAUCGUUUUGCGACCUACGUGCAAGGAAGUAAUUUCACGAGGAGACGAUUAUUAAACACAAGUCUUUCAAAUACAAUUAUCAACUUGAUUGCCAAAGGCACUUUUAACGGUUGUCUAUACACUAUUCAAAUGAGCUUCAUAAUAAAAAAAGAAUUCAAGAAAAAUUUUAUUGCGAUGUAUAGUUGUUUAUAAAGCAAACAGUGUCAGCGGGAAAUCUGACUACAGUGCUCGGCGUUACAUAGGACGUCGAUAAAAUAUAAAUUUAGCACUUGAAACGGCUUUGCUCGUGACAUUGAAGUUGAUAAUUCGACUUGUUUGUAUUUCAGCGUAAUUAAGAGUUUUGUCACUGUUUUUUUCCUUUUGUAAGUAUGUACACAUACUGCGUAUAUACGUAAAGACAUAUAUUCUGUAUUAUUCUUGCGUGUGAAUUGAUUUUGUUUCUCUCCUGACGUCUAUUCGUUUUCUUGUGAGAACAUGAGGACGGGAAAAAUAAUACUUAAGUCCAAUAAAAUAAUUUCAUUUUUUAUUUGAA